AACUACGGGAGUUGCUUCAGCCGGGCGGAGCCUCUUCCAUACUACCCCAAAAUCAUCGGCCCCAGCGGCGCACAUGGGAGCGCAGCAUGGCCUACAUGGCCUCCCCGCCCCAGUCGCCGAACUGGAUCGAGGAAGUCGAUUUGGUUCAGACCGCCAGCGCUGUGAAGGAGCAGUUUCAGCUCUUCGAUGAUCAGGCCACUGGCACCAUCGGAAAGGAUGACCUCCGCCGGGUCAUCGAGAGCCUCGAACAGUUCGCGCCCGAGGAGAUCGACAGGAUUCUCAAGGUGGCCAACACCAGCGGCGGGGAUAUUUCCUACGAGACAUUCAUCGAUUGGGCCUUCAACAGCGCAAAGGCCUUGGAGCAUCGGAAGAACCGACUGCGACAGGUGAAGCUCUUUCAGAACUUCGGUGAGCUGGAGAUCGAGGAGUGCGCCAAAGUGUUGGAGCUGACCAACUUUUCAGCAGGGGAGGAGAUCAUCCGCGAAGGUGAGGAGGGCUUCGACUGCUUCAUUGUGGAUACUGGAGAAUGUUAUGCCUCCAUUGAAAUCAAUGGUGAAAGGAAGGAAGUCCUCAAGUACGAGCCGGGCGGCUUCUUUGGCGAGCGGGCGCUGCUGAGGAAGGAGGGCCGUGCUGCCACGGUGAGUGCACGGAGCGACGUGAAGCUCCUCAAGCUCAGUGCUGAGGAGUUCGUCUCGAUGAUUGAAGAACGAGACCACAAGGAGAAUUUAAUUCGACACAUCAAGGAGUUUGACAUCCUGACCGAUGCGCAGGUGGCGCUCCUGGCCGGGGCACUGGAGCGACGUUGGUUCGACCAAGCGGACGCCUUGAUCUACGGGCAGGGCGAGGAGAGCAACAACUUCUAUAUCCUGGAGGAGGGCGAUUGUGUGGCCACCAUCCAACUGGAAGAUGGACAAGAGAUUGAGGCCAAGCAAUACACCCAGGGGCAAAUCUUUGGCGAGCAGGCGUUGCGCUCGGGCGGGCCCCGACAGAGCUCGGUGACCACGGUAGACACGGUGAAGGUCUUGAUGCUGAGCCGGGAGGAGUUCGAGCGAAAGCUGGGCAGAUGGAGCGACCUGAAGGCCGCGGCGGAGGAGGCCGACCCACGGCGCUUGAUGGCCGACUUCUAUCGCCUAGGUGACUCCCGCGGGCCGCGGGGCUCCUUGGCUGGAGAGGAGCCCGAUCCCAAAGAGGCCACCAGGUGGUUCGCGGUGUACCGGCCCUGCAGCUCGGACUCCAUCCGGAAGAUGUAUGGCAAGGUGGGCGUGGGCAAAGGCCUCAACGUCAAGGGCAAGUCGGCCAAGAAGAACCGGCUUUCCGGUUUUGUCCCCUUCAUCCAGAUCAGUGACAACAACCACACGAAGGAAGUGGAGGACGCUCCUCGUGAUGCCCGCACCAAAAUCUUCUUCCGGAACAAGCUGGCGCGCGAGCAAGCCGAGAAGUCCUUGGACAAGGUCCUCAAAGAGGCAUCCUUGAAGAUCGACGAUCCAAGUGUCAAGGUCAUCUCGGAUUACGAGCCACAAAGCUGGGGUUUGGAUGUGCCAGAGCCUCUCAUGAAGGAGGCUUACAUCAUGAGACCCGAGCUGUCGCCCAUGGUGGGCUGGGAGACUGGACGCCAGUCGGAGCCUGCCUUCAUGGACAUGAACCUCCACUCCACCAGGGGCAACUCGACACCCGAGGUGGUUCUGUAUCAGUACGACUUAGCAGAUCCCAUGAACCCCUUGGGCCUGCUGGUGGCCUAUGCCGAAGCGCAUGUGUUGCCCGUGGUCAGCGACUUUGACACCUUCCUGGUGGGCAGCCACGGGAUGGAAUACUCUCCGCUUCCUCCGGAGCAGAAGGAGCUGAUGCAGUGGUGCUUAGACCACACGGCGGACAUCAUCGGAAUGCCUCAACGAAAAGCCUGGACAGCUCGCUGGCUUGAGGUUUUGAAGGAGGAAGCCAGCACCAAAGGGAAGACGGUGGAGAUCCCCAAGUUGGGCUUCGGCGAUCCCACCUCGGUGAGGCUCAUCGGAGAGGUGGUUCAGGUGACCUCCUCCUGCGGGGCCAUCCGACAUGGAGCGGAAUGCUUCAACUUCUAUUUUCCACAGGAAUUGGACGAUGACUUUAUGGUUGUUUGGGACGGCUUCGUGGAUCCGCCUUGGAGGCAACUCAAAGAGCCGGAGCUGCGGAAGUUCCUCAAGGAGCGUGCACGGGAGGGCUACUGCUUUCCAUUGAAUCCAGUGUGGCCAAUCCGCGACAAGGGCUGGUACGAGGUCCUGGAAACCUUGCGGAAAGGCCCCGAGCAGCCUGAGCUGCGUGAGCUGAAUCAGCGAUGCCUGGAAGGGUGGUUCACCAAGGAGGCCUUGGCGCGGAUCGACGAGAUCCACGGCGACUUCCCCGAAUGCUUCACCCAGUCCAAGAUGAAGCGGAUGGCCUCCACCAUCGCCAACAUCCAGGACGUCACUGGUGAGGAAAUGGUGGACUUCGCAAAUGAGGAGGUCCGGAAGGUGGUGAAGGCCAGGUGGAAGAGGGUCCGCAGCUCAUUAAUGUUGAUGGCCCGGAUGAUGAAGAGCUUGCCGGAAGAGGAUCAUGCCAAAGUGUUGGGCAAUGAGACUUAGCAGGUCGAUGGCGCAGCCAUGCGCAGCCCGUCGGACACGUCGAACGAAUGGCAAGUGGCUCGGGCACAGAGAUUUUUAACAUGAUUAUAUCAUAUGAAAAUGAUUAGCGCAAGAAAUUGUUUAUAAUAUCCCUACCCCCUUACCCAUGGAUUUGAGGGCGGG